UUUUGAUAUCCAUUCCUUUCUUUCCCUUCCUCAGCAUGCGAAGACAGACGGAAAGACUUCCACCCGCUCCACUUCUACCCCGGCUAGAGUGAGCUUCGAGCGUUAGCCCUACGCGACUGUAAUUGCGUUUCCACACCUCAAUCAAACCCCCCUGGACUCUCCCGUCCAAUCUCAGUCCGACUCCGGGCUGCGUGGGCUGCUGCGCUUCGGCCUGCGAUCGACAGGCCCGAUUACUCGCUACGGCUUGCACCCACCAUGAGACGCCGAUGAUGAGGGGCCGCGUCCUAUAUGAGGACCGUCUGGUCCGGCGGACUUGUUCGCGAGCUGCCGUUAAGAAAUUAUUCGCCGCAGGCGCCAUGGGUUUCGUGAUGCUGUCGUUUGUGCUUUGGAUCGGGUACUUCUGGAGCGUGUCCGCCUCUCCGGUGGUCAAUCAACCCGCGGCCUCGUGCAACACCGUGGGCCAAGGAUAUCAAUGUUUCCCGCAGAUAUCGCAUCUCUGGGGUCAAUACUCGCCGUUCUUUUCCCUGGGAAACGAGUCGGCCUUCCCGCUGGAUGUUCCCGGCGAGUGCCGGAUCACCUUUGCCCAGGUGCUCUCGCGCCACGGAGCCCGGUAUCCGACGGAGUCGAAGUCGGAGAAGUACGCGCGGCUGGUCGCUGGCAUUCAGAAAAACGCGACCGAGUUCACCGGCAAGUACUCGUUUUUGAACAGCUACUCCUACGCGCUGGGGAGCGAUAACUUAACGGCCUUCGGCGAGAACCAGCUCGUCGACUCGGGUGCCAAGUUUUAUCGGCGGUAUGCGUCGCUCGCGCGGCGGAAUUUGCCGUUUAUUCGGGCCUCCGGGUCGGAUCGCGUGAUAGCGUCUGGGGAAAAGUUCAUCGAGGGGUUUCAGCAGGCGAAGAAGCGUGAUUCUGGCGCGGCAGCAAAUCAGACGGCGCCGGUGAUUAGCGUGGUGAUUCCGGAGACGGACGGGUUCAAUAAUACCCUGGAUCAUGGCGUCUGCACGGCGUUCGAGGACAGUGAGCUGUCGGAUGAGGUGGAGGCGAAGUUCAUGUCGGUCUUUGCGCCGGCGAUCCGGAAGCGGCUGGAGGCUGAUAUCUCGGGGAUUAAGCUGUCGGAUGACGAUGUGAUCAGUCUGAUGGACCUUUGCUCGUUCGAAACGAUGGCGGCAACUCCCGACGCGAGCGAGCUCUCGCCGUUCUGUGCCCUGUUCAGUCAUAGCGAGUGGGUGCAGUUCGAUUACUACCGGUCUCUGAGCAAGUAUUAUGGUUAUGGGGCUGGGAACCCUCUUGGACCGACUCAGGGGAUUGGAUUUACCAACGAGCUGAUUGCCCGCUUGACCAAGAGUCGCGUGCAUGAUCACACCAGCACCAACAGAACCCUUGACUCGAAUCCGGCCACUUUCCCCGUGGAUGCCGUGUUGUAUGCCGACUUCUCGCACGACAAUCUGAUGGUGUCCGCAUUCUUUGCCCUGGGCUUGUACAAUGGCACCAAACCUCUCUCUCAGACCGCCGUGCAAACCACCAAGGAGACCGAUGGGUACUCCUCCGCUUGGUUGGUUCCGUUCGGUGCUCGGGCCUACAUCGAGGCCAUGCAGUGCAGUGGUGAAUCUGAUUCACUGGUUCGCGUGCUUGUCAAUGACCGAGUUGUGUCUCUUCAUGGUUGCGAAACUGAUCAGCUGGGUCGGUGCAAGCUGGACGACUUCGUUCGUGGAUUGAGCUUUGCUCGUUCUGGGGGUAACUGGGACAAAUGUUUUGACUAGCCUGAGCUUUGCAUUAGAUUAUGGCCUUAGAUAUUUGAAUGUGCCUGGUUUUAGUUUUAUGCUGGCGUUUUGUUAGCGGUAACCAGAGCACUGGCAGGCAGUCAUUCACUCACCUGCCUUGGACCCUCUGUUUGUUGUC